AAUCAAAACUCUCCGGCAAAACUAAUCGAAAAUUCUCCAUUCUCGUCACCAUGCAAUCCCUCGGAGUGAUACAAUCCCCCGGCAUCCGUGUCCGUCUCUCUCCGUCCAGCCACCGCCUCUCCCCACCGUCACUAGUCACCGGAAUUUCAAAAAGAUACUCCUCCUCAAGUUCCUUAUCUAUCAAAUGCGGUUCUAUCUUGUCAUGUCCCUCUCUAUCAAGUGAAGCGAUGAAGAAGGAGAAUCUUGUUCCUCUUCGUCACACCAUUUUCUCCGACCAUCUCACUCCUGUUCUCGCUUACCGUUGUCUUGUCAAAGAAGAUGAUCGAGAGGCUCCAAGUUUCCUUUUCGAAUCUGUUGAGCCAGGACAUCACUCUUCCACUGUUGGAAGAUAUAGUGUGGUUGGAGCGCACCCGAAAAUGGAAAUUGUGGCUAAGGAGAACAAAGUUACAGUCAUGGAUCAUGUUAAAGGCACUAAGACUACAGAGGAAGUUGAAGAUCCAAUGAUGAUUCCUAGAAGAAUCUCAGAGACUUGGAAACCUCAAUUGAUCGAUGAUCUUCCUGAUGUUUUUUGUGGUGGAUGGGUUGGUUACUUUUCUUAUGAUACUGUCCGCUAUGCUGAAAAACGAAAGCUACCUUUCUCCAAGGCUCCGGUUGAUGACCGGAAUUUGCCAGACAUGCAUCUUGGUCUUUAUGAUGAUGUGAUUGUGUUUGAUCAUGUCGAAAAGAAAAUCCAUAUAAUUCAUUGGGUGAGGUUAUCAGGAAACUCAUCAUUUGAUGAUGUUUAUGCUAAUGGUGUGAAACACUUGGAAGAGCUUGUUUCGAGGAUCAAAUGCAUUAAUCCCCCCAAGCUACCUUAUGGAUCAGUGGACCUACAUACCAAUCAAUAUGGCUCUCCUUUGGAAAAAUCUAGCAUGACAAGUGAUGCGUAUAAGAAUGCUGUACUUCAGGCCAAAGAACACAUACUGGCUGGAGAUAUCUUUCAGAUUGUUUUAAGUCAAAGAUUUGAGCGCCACACUUUUGCUCAUCCGUUUGAAGUUUAUCGAGCUUUGAGAAUUGUGAACCCAAGUCCUUCUAUGUGUUACUUGCAAGCAAGAGGUUGUAUUCUAGUAGCGUCAAGUCCUGAAAUUCUCACUCGAGUGAAGAAAAACAAGAUCGUGAAUAGACCACUAGCAGGAACUGCAAGACGAGGCAAGAGUUUCGAAGAAGAUCAAAUGUUGGAGGAGACACUUUUAAAAGACGAAAAACAGUGCGCAGAACACAUCAUGCUCGUUGACUUGGGUCGCAAUGAUGUUGGAAAGGUGACUGGAGAGUUGCAAGAGAAUCUGACUUGCUGGGACACGCUUCGUGCGGCUUUACCAGUUGGAACCGUGAAGGCUAUGGAGUUAAUCGAUGAGCUAGAGGUGACUAGAAGAGGUCCGUACAGUGGUGGAUUCGGUAGUGUCUCAUUCACUGGAGACAUGGACAUAGCUUUGGCUCUUAGGACCAUUGUGUUCCCAACACAGGCUCGUUACGACACAAUGUACUCAUACAAAGACAAAGACACGCCUCGCCGUGAGUGGAUAGCUUAUCUGCAAGCAGGUGCAGGCAUUGUAGCCGAUAGUGACCCAGAGGAUGAGCACCGUGAGUGUCAGAACAAAGCUGCGGGACUCGCACGUGCCAUUGACUUGGCUGAGUCUGCAUUCGUUGAUAAAAUUGAUACAACCAUCUAGGUUUCUUGAUUCACAAGCCACGUCUUUUGAAAUAAAUUAGUUGAUAUAUCAUUAUUACUUUUAUGUUGAAUCAUGAAUUAGGGGAUUUACUACGUUGUUAAACCAGUAAUAAUUAAUUUAAGAAAUAUAAUUUUAUCAA